AUGAAGCAGGUCUUCUCUUCCAGCUUCGCGCUCACAGCACUGUUGGCCAUUGCACCGAUCGCGCGUGCUGUGGACACCCUCGUUGAUCUUGGCCAUGUCAAGUACCAAGGCGCCGUUGUCGAUUCAGGACUGGGUGUUUCUGCCUGGAAAGGCAUCCCAUAUGGCGCACCACCAGUUGGUGAACUUCGAUUUGCUGCUCCUCAGGACCCCAUCGUGUCUGGAACGAUCAACGCAACUCAAUAUGGAGCGACCUGCCCGCCCAGCCGAUCUGACGAUUGGACUGUGUCCGGUCCACAAACCCGCUUCCAUAUUGCGGAGGAUUGCCUGUACCUGAGUGUUCACGCUCCCACGAAGGCUCGCGCCAACUCAAAGCUCCCAGUAGUCGUCUUCUUCCAGGGAGGAGGCUUUUCGUCGCUUUCCAGCGCCAACUGGGACCCCACGGAAAUCGUCGCGUCUGGACAGGUCGUUUUCGUGCAGUUCAGUUACCGCGUCGGCGUCUACGGUUUCCUUAACAGCGCUAAUGUGAAGGCCGGAGGUGGCGAUGUUAACGCAGGGCUGCGCGAUCAGAUUAAGGUGCUGGAGUGGGUUCAAGACAACAUUGCACGAUUCGGCGGAGACCCAAACCAGGUCGUGCUCGACGGAGUCAGUGCAGGUGGUUCCUCCGUUGCUUUGAUGAUUGCUGCAAACACAGGCAAGAAACUGUUCGCAGGAGGCAUCUCGGAGUCUGGUGGCUGGGUUACAAUGCGCAAUGCGGAGCAAGGCGAGCAGGAAUACGAUUGCUUGAUCAAAGACAAGGGCUGCUCCGACGCUCCUGAUGGUCUCGCUUGUCUGCGUGCGUUGAACGAGACGGCCAUUCGAUCUAACAACUGUUGGUUCAACCCUAACAUCGACGGAGAGUUGUACACAGAUGCCCUGGUGAAUCUGUUUGAGCAGGGCAAGUACACCAAAGUGCCGACCAUCAUGGGUACCUGCGCCGAUGAGGGCACCAAGUGGAACGCCCCAGAGACACUCGACACUCCAGCUGACGCGCUUCAAUGGGUUGUUGAGAAGGACUCUACCCUGAGUAACUCUUCCAUCAGCGUCAUCAGCGAUCUCUACAUUAAGCCUUCCCAGCCAGCAUUCUCGGGCAAAGGUCGCUACUGGCAACAUGCCGCCGUUGCUAUCAGCGAGGUUGGGGCCGUGUGCAUGACGCGUAACAUCCAAAAUUACCUUGCGCGAGACGGCGUCCCGACAUACAACUACAACUACGAUGUUCUGGAUCCAUCCGACGAGGAAGUUGGCUACGGUGCCUGGCAUACCGUCAACGCGUAUGCCUGGUGGGGCAACAACCGUACUGACGGUGGCGCGCCUCCCAGCUACUUCAACACCAACGAGCCGAUCAUCCCACUCGUGCGCUCGUACUGGAACAGCUUCAUUCGCAACCUUGAUCCGAACACAGAUCGCAUGAAAGGCGCGGCUGAGUGGAAGCCAUAUGGUGUUGACUCGCGGGAGAGACUGUUCAUUCAGACCAACAACACCAAGUUGGAGCGUAUGUCUCCGGCCCAGUCUCUCCGUUGCGAUAUCGUUCGCCCAUUCAGCAACAAUCUCGGAAAGCCCCCGGCCAAGACUGCUGUGACCAACCUCAACACAAAGCUUGUUGCAAAGCUGAACAAGGCCAGUAGCAGCGCUGCUCUCAAACGUAACACUAGGCACGUUAGGAACUUCAAGCCACGUAAUUAG